AGGGUAGACAUUCAGGGGUUUAACUCUACUUAAGCAACAGUUAUUAUCAUCUACAGCAUCAGCAUAAGGAGAACAUCCUGGAUGCAGAGCCUAGGGAACUAUCAACUUAAGCGUUAAGCAUUGAACGUUUUAGGUCGCUAACAUUUGUGGUCACUUCAAAUUAUGUUUGAUUACCUGUGUUUGACGCUCUUUCUCUUCGUUGGGAUAUGCAGUGGCCUAGAAGUUCGCUGUACGAGUAACGGGACUGUUGAAACCUAUGUGUCAACGGUAAAACUGGAAGGUCUGUCCUACAGCAAGCGUGCAGUGAACUUCUCAGUCCCUGUAUCAGUUAAAUAUGAAAUUAAAAACGUUAAUGAUCCAUCAGUUUUAACGCUUUCUUGGGAGCGUGAUGGCAAUGAAAUAUCAGUCAACCGAAGGAAGACAAAUGAUAAGCCCACUAUUUCCAGUGAUUAUACCACAGAAGUAUUCUCAGAAAGCACGCAUACUUUGGAAUUAACUCUGCACUUAAAUCCUAAAGAUCCUGUUCCGGGAAAUUAUACUGUUAGUGCAACUGAGGGUGACGCAACAUCUUCUGCAUCAGGUUUCGUUUAUAGUGCACCUGUCCUUCCUUUGUUCACAAAACCAAAACGUGUCCUGGAAGGGGAUAUCAUUCGUAUCAUAUGCUCUGUGAGCAGUUAUCCAAAGGCAUCAUCAGUACUGUGGAGUUUUGCUCCGAUACCGACUAGUCAAAUGGACGAUGACAAUGCACUGACAUCAGCAUUAGACAGCUUAGAGACAUUAGUAAUCAAUGAAACUAAUUAUGUGCUAGAGACAAGUAGUGAAACUGGCACGCCAAAUGAUACUCUACGAUUCCUUAAUUUGAAAAACAGUGACAAUGGCCUGUAUGCGUGUAAUGUGACAACUGAAUUGGGUACAGAUUUCGUCUUGUCGAUUGUCAAUGUUAAAGAUCGUUGGGCAGCUCUUUGGCCAUUCAUAGGAAUUGUUGUUGAAGUUUCUAUUCUAGUUAUUGCUAUCCUGCUAUAUGAACGUCAUCAAAUGCGUUCAAAGCCGACAAAUGUGUCAGCGAAAUGUGAUACUUCAAGCGCUGGAGCUGGUGUUAUUGGUCAAGAGAAUAUAUCAGCAGCUGUUAAUAAUAAUAACAACAGCAACAAAGCUAAUAGUACAGGACAAAAUAAUCUUACAGUCCCAGUGCAUAUUGGUGAUAUAACGGGUGGCGGCGGUGCUGGUGAAGUGAAUGAUGGAAAUGCGGAUGGAAGAGAUCAAAAGGCCGAUGAGAUUCGUUUACGCGCCAACGUGAAACAGUAAAUUUGAAAAAUACACAAACACGCGCCCACACAGAGAGUGGGUGGGUGUGUGUGUAUAUGUGUGAUGAUAACACAACAUUUAUAUUUCUAAAUCAUGCGCAAUCAUUUUUCUUUGUCUGGUUCAAUAAAACACAAACAAAAAAGGACAAAAUGUUCUCAUAUGUGUGUUCAGUAGAGUCUUAAUUUCAUUCUUCGUAUCUAUCAUCCAUACAUCACACAUACAUACAUACCAAUGCCUAAGUCCAGUCAUUAUUGAGAAUUUAUCAAUAGCUUAGCUAACAGAAUUUCAAAUUCUUUUGAUUAUGUAAAUUAGUCUUCUGUGUCUCUGUGCGUGUGUAUAUCGUCUGAUGAUGAUGAUGACGAUGAUCUCUGGAAUCUCAUUUUAUCAUUCAGCUUGUUUCUUUUUGAAGUCUCUCUCUCUCUCCCUCUUUGUCUGAUCUGAUGUUGUCUCAUUCUCUUGGUGCAUACCUACGCUCAUUCAAAAAAGCCUUUGACCUAUAUUAGUCUUUGUGCUAUAUUGUAUUUCUUGUCAAAUGUAUUCAUGCUUACACACAUGCACACAUACACAUUUUGCAUGCAUACAAUCAUUCGUCUUAUCUUUACAAAAAUCAGCCCCUUUUUAAUUUCGUUGUCACACCACAUUCUGUCCUUCUGGUGCAGUUUUGAUUUCUUUUUUUCUGUUUUUGAUUUUGAAAAUCAAUAGAGUUUCGUGUUGUUGUUUUUUGUUGUUGAGUACAUUCAAAUCGUUUUGCUUUUGUUUUGUUUUAAACCUCGAUCUUUGUGUGUGUGUGUGUGAGUAUGCUUUGUUGUAUUGAGUGUGUGCUUGUGUGUAUGUAUCACAGUGAUUAUACUGAAUGUGGAAGUCAAAGGGAAGACGGGGAUGGGGUGGAGUGAUGUGCAGUUUGUUGGUGCAUGCGUGGGUGGGAGUGGGUGUAGGCUGAGGAGAUGAUCUCCUGUUAUUAUUCACAUUUUGUUUGUUCAUAAUGUCUUGGUGUGUGUGUGUGUUUUACUGUGUAGCAUAUGCCUUGUUGCUUCAAAUAUAGAGUAGUUCAUUGUUUUGUUCA